AUCGCCAUAUUGUUGAUAUUUUGUAAAGUUCCAGCAUCAGACCGGCGAAUUACACGUAUUCACUCAAAAUUUGGUUACAAUUUUCAAUGGUAUGAAGAAAUUUUAAACGUCUAUUCUUCGUUGAAUUUGUUUGCAAAACGUUCCCAUCAUGGCUGUUUCCAGUCAAAUGUCGUUCACCAUUUCCAUUACGUUGGCCUUAUUACUAUUCUCAGGAAUGCAAGCGAACAAGCAAUGGAUUUCGGCUACUCCAAUUCAAACAAUAUUCGGUGGUUUUGUCGGAUCACUCAUAUUCAUCUUUAGCUUAACGGCUGUGGGCAAUCUUGAAACUAUUAUGUUUGGCAAGAACUUUCAAACUAAAUUGUUCCCCGAAGUUGCAUUAUGUUAUUUAUUUACCUUCAUUUCGUCUGCAAUGGUUCACCGUGUUUGCGUUACAACAGCGCUCAUAUUGUCAUCUAUUUCGUUAUAUUAUAUGAAUUCAAUAUCUCAAAAGACUCAUGCAGUUGUAGCACCACCUCCUCCGGUCAUUCCUGCUCGUAAAAAGAAACACUGAAUCGAACAAAUUUUCGUUUAUUGGUUUUAUUAUUAUUGUUUUCGUGAAUUUGUGUCUUCGCAAUUCUGUGUACAUGAUUUGUAUACCUGUGUAAAUAACCGUAUCGUACAAUUUUUAGUUUUGCUCCUUUUUUUAUUUCCCCAAUUAUCCAUGUUAUUCUUAUAUUUUGUUCAAAAAUUGUUUCUAUGUCGUAAAAUUUGAAUAAAAAUUAGAUUUGCUAGUAAAACAAAACUUUCAAUCGUGUGAUAUUUUUAAUUUAUAUAAUUACUUCGUUAUGAAGUAGCAAGUGCAACUUUUUCGAGAAAUAAUUAUCCAUUUUGUUUUUAAAAUUACCAAAACUUUCACGAUUCAGUUUCAUUGUCACAAACGAUCAAAUCAUAAAAUUUUCUAAACUGACUUUAUUAUUUCCAGUCAAUUUAUCGCCGCAAUAAAUAUGUAUUCUCUUCAGCUCUCAAAAAAUUACAUCGAAGUGCAAGUAAAUCCGUAGUUUUUCUUUUGAUGAAAAUAAUUUACCUUCGUCUUUUGAAAGGAAAUAAUCUCUCAAACAAAAUUCGAUACACUGGAAUAAACAACCUAUGGCUAUUUUACAUUUUUCUCUUUAUUUUGCAAUCAUAGGCUUUAGAAAGAGCUGCUUUCGCGUAUUCGAUGGUUUAAUUUCGAAAAAUACCACAGAAUAAAUCAAAUUAUCAAUAUGAUUUCUUUUGCUAUAUCUAUUUGAAAACGAAAAAUAAUGGAUACCGGAGAACGUAUUGAAAAUUGCAAAAUAAGUGAAUUUUUUAGACGAAUACUUUUUGUUCUUUAUAAGUAAUGCCUAUUAAUCACGAAGGGUAAAAAGUUUUUUAAAGUCAUUUUGAUUGAAUCUUCUCAUUCAUCUUCUUCAGACAGUUUGCUUUUUUCUCGGAGUAAACAAUUUCCAUAGUUUGAUGAUUUUUCGAUAUGCGAACGCGAAAAGUAGGCUAUGUAAGGCUUGCUGCGUUUUUUUCUUCUAUCAUUCCCCUUGUCUCAGCAUUAUUUUACUUUUUACGAUUUCUUGAAACCUGGAGCGAAUUUUUGUCUCUUACUACCACAAAUAUUUCACAAAAGUGAAACUUAUUAUCAUUUUCAAGAAUUCUUGCACAGAUCUGACAUUUAGGUAGGUAAUGUUUUUUUUUUUUUUUUCAAAGGAGGUUCUUGAUUUUUUUAUUGAACCCACAUUUGGUGACUUGAAACAUGGGACACCUUGUAUACUUAUAAGCCACGUUUUCAUUUCAAAACAAAAACUUUUUAUUUUCUCGUGUUGUUGAGAGCUUUUAACGGUACGUAUUCGUAAUGCAGCUAUGAAAACUUUACUACCGACACCGACGUUAUUUUUUGGAAAAUAUAGUAUAAAAAUAUUUUAAAAUUCAAAACGAUUUCAGCUUCAUUAUCACCUCGACAUUGCACGUGCACGAAAUACGGUUAAAAUAGGUAUCAAAUAAAAAUCAUAUUUUUUUUCUUUGCAUCUUCUUACAUUCGAUAAAAAUUGGCUAAAAGUUUUCACAAACCAUCGUCGUUGUGUCGAUGGCAACGAAUUCCAUAGCUUUUCAAGGGCGAAGAUAAACUUUUUAUAGGUGUUUUUCUGUUAAAGGCAAACGAUUAUUAUAGUAAAACUUCGUAGUUAUAAAGUGAAUUACAAAUUAAAUUUAUGUCAAGCAAAUUUUACCAGUAAGUGUUAUUUCUUCGAUAAUGGUGGUUCUAUCAGGGGAGUAUUUUUCAAAAAAUACAAACUAUGGAAAUCGGUUUCUAGCAAGGUACAUGGAAAUCAAAACUUACCAUGUUGUAACAUAAAACCCAAAGGAAUGCCAGAGACAAGAAAUGAAAAGUAGGUCUAAGCCAUGUCAAAUCGUGAUAUCGUCAUUGUGUAACUUACCUAUAUGUGGUUGUUUUCUCUCUGUUUUGCUACCGAAUCAACACAUUUUUUUAUCGAAAAUUUACAUCUAUUACGUCAAUAUUCUUCAUCACUUAUGAUUCGCAAACCCUACUCCGCUCCUUUUAACCCAAGCAAUUUAAUUUUUUCCAGGAGAACGUUAUAAAUAAUAAAUUCCAUCGAUACUGUACUCGCAAAAUACGAAUUAAAAAACGUAGGCAUGAAGUGGAUAACGAUUUUUAAUUAUAUUCUCUCUCUAAUCGCGUCACAGCUUUAUCGUAUUGCUGAUUCGACGUAAACGGCAAAUAAUGAAUAGGUAUUCGUUAACGAUGGAUUUGCCAUAUCGAAAUAUUCGUUUAUUCGACAUGCACCGUAGCUACCUACUUCAAACCUAGACCAACAUAGCAUAAUGAGUACGUAUUCGAUUGCAAUAAUAAGGUACCUACUAAAAAGCAUUUUGUAUCAUUCAAAUCCUUAAAAGAAUGGCCUUGUAUUAUACUUGUACAUUGUUGAUUGUUUUUCUUUUUUUGAGUAUAGGUAUCUAUGAUACUUUUUUCAUUGUUUCCAAAGGUCGAGAGUAAAGACGUCUCCAGUUUUGUAAUUUAAAAUUUUGCUAAUUUAUAAAAUUUUUCGCGAAUCAAGAAUCUUCGGGAGAAUUGUUUUCUAACCCAGAUCAGUACAUGUUUCAGAGAAUCUACCUGAGGAACAAAAAUUGAUUUUUUUACUCGUACAAAUUUGAAUUCAUAUUUUGUAAUACCUACGAGAUGGGUUUACUUUUUCUCAGUUGUAAGUACAUAAUGUAGAUUUAGGCACAGAAAGAUUUAAGGGUGGUGCUAAAAAUGUUCUCCGAAUAUUUUUUACCUAUAAAAAUAGAGCCAAUUCGGUAAAUUAGGUAGGUACCUACCUAAGCACUUGAAAAUGACUUAGCAGAAUAGCCAUAGAUGAGACAAUACCUACACAGCCAUAACUGAGGGCAUGGACAUCAGAGUAAACCUAAGUAAACAGGGUGUCUACUAGGUCGCUAUAGCGUUAAAAGUCGCGAAAAGUCGCGAUUUUGAAAAUAGGGCGCUAAAGUCGCGAAAAGGUCGCGAUUUUCGCCAAAAAUACCAAAAAGUCGCUAUAAAUUGUCCAAACUUCAAAUUUUAAAAACUUUUCUUAUUUUUAGUUGAUGGCGAUUGGUAAAAAAAAACAUUUUUUUCGUUGGAAAUUUUUUUUUGGGGGGGGGAGGUACUUUUAACUGAAAAAAAGUCGCUAAAAGUCGCGAAAAAAAGUUGCUAAAAGUCGCGAAAAGUCGCUAUUUUUGAAAAUUAAAUUUUGGUAGACACCCUGGUAAAUUAUAGCAGAUGCUUGUGAAAUAAUUUUCAGAAAUAAUGUUAAUUCAUAAAUUGAUUAAUAAUGCUUUAUUCUGAUUUUUAUAAUUCAUCAAAAAGUCACAUUUUGAAUGUGUAGAUACAGAUUCAUAGUUAUAGAUAUUUAUAAUUUGUGUAACGUAAACCCUUUUUUUUUUUUUUUUUUUUUUUUUUUUU